AGAAGCCGUUUGGCUCAGGUCGAUGUGGCAGGACAGAGCGGGCGCCUGACUCUGCGCCGCCGGCCGUGGGAUGGCGGCCAAGGGCGAUGCCUUCGGGGUCAAGGCCGGCGAAAAGGACCCGGGGGACAAGUACGUCAAGGCGCUGCCGACGGACGAGGAGGCCGCCGAGCUGGAGAAGAAGCAGGCCAGCGCGCCGUCCCGCGCCGCCAGGGCCGGGCCGCCGCAGGACGACGUGCCUGCCGGAGGGGAAGAAGACGACCCUUUCAAGGGGCUGUCGGAGAGCAAGAAGAUAGCCGACCGGGAGGACGCGUACCGGGCUCAGCGUCACAAGCGCAUGUUGUCGCCGGAGAGGGCCGAUCCGUUCGCCGCCGCGACCCCAGCGGCGGAGCUGCAGACCUACAGGGACGUGAUGGUGGGCCAGGCGCUGGACAAGGAGAAGCAGGAGGUGCUCCGGAAGAUCCAGAAGCAGAAGGAGGAGGAGGCCACGGCGAAGGCCGAGGGGAAGGGUUUGCCAGGCGAAGGUGCGCCCGCGAAGAAGAAGGGGCGCUGGGACGCGGGCGGCGCUGGGGCAGGGAAGAAGGAGGAGAAAGACGACGGGAAGGACCGCUGGGAGACACCCGUCGGAGGAGGGGAUGGCGCGGACACGCCAGUCGUCCUGGACGACGACGACGACGAGGGAGGCGCCAAGAAGAAGGGCGCCUGGGACGACACUCCGGGCGGCGGCGGUGAUGAUGGGGUGGAGACGCCCACGCCAGGACAGUGGGGCGAGACGCCCACGCCGGGCCUCGGUGCAGGCAAGAAGAAGCGGGCCCGAUGGGACGCUACACCGAUGGAGCCCAAAGACGAUGGGGUCGACGCCACUCCAGCGGAUGCCGAUGCCACCCCGAGCGCCACGCCGUCCGGUGCCACGCCCAGUGCCACGCCCUCGGCGACGCCAGGAGCCACGCCCUUCAGCGGAGUUCAGAUGUUCACCCCUGGCGCCACCCCUCUGGGUACUCCUGGCAUGGCCGGCAUGUCCACUCCCGUGGGUCUGACGCCGAACUUCUCCCAGAUGACACCAGAACAGAUCCAAGCCUGGCGCUACGACACCGAGAUCAACGAGCGGAAUGCGCCCAUCUCGGACGAAGAGCUGGAUGCCAUCUUCCCUCAGACAGGUUACGAGAUAGUCAGGGCGCCGGCAAACUACCAGCCGAUGCGGAAGAGCGUCAUGUCGACGCCCACCCCCACGCCCGGUGGGACGCCCUUCUUCAGCAUGCAGGACCCGGACGCGCCGAAGCCCUACGAGGUGCCGUCCUCGCCAGCGGUCGGCGAGAUGCCCAUGAUCAAGCCGGAGGACUACUCUUACUUUGCGCCCCUGCUGUCGGCGGAGAACGACGAUAACCUGUCGCCGGAGGAGGCGAAGGAGCGGAAGAUCAUGCGGCUGCUGCUGAAGGUGAAAAACGGGACCCCGCCGAUGCGGCGGGCGGCCCUGCGCCAGAUCACGGACGGUGCCAGGUCCUUCGGGCCGGGGCCUCUGUUCAACCAGAUCUUGCCGCUGCUCAUGAGCAGCACCCUGGAGGAUCAGGAGAGGCACCUCCUCGUCAAGGUGAUCGACCGCGUGCUCUACAAGCUCGACGACAUGGUGCGGCCCUACGUCCACAAGAUCCUGGUCGUGAUCGAGCCCCUGCUGAUCGACGAAGACUACUACGCGCGCGUGGAGGGCAGGGAGAUCAUCAGCAACUUGUCCAAGGCCGCUGGCCUCGCGACGAUGAUAGCGACGAUGCGGCCGGACAUCGACCACGCGGACGAGUACGUCCGGAACACCACAGCGCGCGCCUUUGCCGUGGUGGCCUCCGCGCUGGGGAUCCCGGCGCUGCUGCUGUUCCUGCGCGCGGUCUGCCAGUCCAAGAAGAGCUGGCAGGCCAGGCACACGGGCAUCAAGAUCGUGCAGCAGAUCGCCAUGCUUAUGGGCUGCGCCGUGUUGCCUCACCUGAAGCAGAUGGUGGACAUCAUCGCUCACGGCCUGCAGGACGAGCAGCAGAAAGUCCGCACCAUCACCGCCCUCGCGCUGGCGGCCCUCGCCGAGGCCUCCACUCCCUACGGGAUCGAGGCCUUCGACACGGUCCUGCGACCGCUGUGGAAGGGGAUUUGCGAGCACCGCGGCAAGGGGUUGGCCGCAUUCUUGAAGGCGAUCGGCUUCAUCAUCCCGCUCAUGGACGCCGAGCACGCCAAUUACUACACCCGCGAGGUCAUGAUCAUCCUCAUCCGUGAGUUCUCCACGCCAGAUGAGGAGAUGAAGAAAAUAGUGUUGAAGGUUGUGAAACAAUGCGUAGCCACUGAGGGCGUCGAGCCGAGUUAUAUCCGUGAAGACAUAUUGCCCCCUUUCUUCCGGAAUUUCUGGGUGGUCCGUAUGGCCCUCGAUCGACGUAAUUACCGGCAGUUGGUCGACACCACCGUGGAAAUCGCCAACAAGGUGGGGGGCGCUGACAUCAUUGGUCGGAUCGUCGAGGAUCUGAAGGAUGCGUCGGAGCCUUACCGAAAGAUGGUAAUGGAGACUAUCGACAAGGUCAUCGCGAACUUGGGCGUCGCAGACAUCGACUCGCGCCUAGAGGAGCAGAUCAUCGACGGUAUUGUCUACGCGUUCCAGGAGCAGACCUCCGACGAUACCACUGUCAUGCUCAACGGCUUCGGCACAGUUGUGAACUCUCUUGGAUCCCGUGUCAAGCCGUACUUGCCUCAGAUUGCGGGUAUCAUCAGGUGGCGCUUGAACACACCCUCUGCUCGCGUGCGCCAGCAAGCUGCGGACCUCAUUGCACGCAUUGCGGUGGUGAUGAAGCAGUGCGGGGAGGAGCAGAUGAUGGGGCACUUGGGUCUCUUCUUGUACGAAUACUUGGGGGAGGAGUAUCCUGAGGUGCUGGGUUCCAUCCUGGGUGCCCUGAAAGCCAUCGUGAACGUGAUCGGCAUGUCCAAGAUGACCCCUCCCAUCAAGGACCUGCUGCCGCGCCUGACCCCGAUCCUCAAGAAUCGGCACGAGAAGGUGCAGGAGAACUGCAUCGACCUGGUGGGAAGGAUCGCCGACCGCGGCGCCGAGCUCGCGCCCCCGCGCGAGUGGAACCGCAUCUGCUUCGACCUGCUCGAGCUGCUGAAGGCCCACAAGAAGGCCAUCCGCAGGGCCGCCGUGAACACCUUCGGCUACAUCGCCAAGGCCAUCGGACCCCACGACGUGCUCAGCACCCUGCUGAACAACCUGAAGGUCCAGGAGCGCCAGCUGCGCAUCUGCACCACGGUGGCCAUCGCCAUCGUCGCCGAGACGUGCGGCCCGUUCACGGUGCUGCCCGCGCUGAUGAACGAGUACCGCGUGCCGGAGCUGAACGUGCAGAACGGUGUCCUCAAGAGCCUGUGCUUCAUGUUCGAGUACAUCGGCGAGAUGGGCAAGGACUACAUCCACGCCGUCACCCCCAUCCUCGAGGACGCGCUCAUGGAUCGGGACCUGGUCCACAGGCAGACGGCCUCGUGGGCGAUCAAGCACCUGGCGCUGGGCGUCCAGGGCCUUGGCUGCGAGGACGCGUUGCAGCACCUGAUGAACUACGUGUGGCCGAACAUCUUUGAGACGUCGCCGCACCUCAUCAUGUCGGUGUUCGACGCCAUCGACGGCUUCCGCAUAUCUUUGGGGCCUACAAAGGUGCUCCAGUAUCUCCUCCAGGGCCUCUGGCACCCCGCUAGAAGAGUUAGGGCCGUGUACUGGCGUCUCUACAACAACCUGUACAUCGGAUCGCAGGACGCCCUGAUACCGUCGUACCCGAAGCUCGAGGACGACUCCGAGCAUUGUUAUCGCCGCACCGAGCUGGAGCUGUUGCUAUGAGGGAGCUGAGGCAAGCGCUGGGG